AUGAGCACCUCGGCCACCCCCACCGUCUCUCGCUUCACCACGGCCGUGGUCUCCUCCAUGCGUCGACUAUAUCCCGAAGCACUGGCCGACAAAUCCUUCGACAACACCGGGCUCCUGGUCGAGGCGCCCUUCAUAGCCUCACCCUCACGCCCCCGAAACCGCAACUCGGUGCUCUUGACCGUCGACCUGACGCGCGCGGUCGCCGACGAGGCCAUCGAGAACAACCAUUCCGUCGUCGUCGCAUACCACCCCAUCAUCUUCCGCGGACUGAAGUCGAUAACUACAGAAGAUACGCAACAGCUAUCCAUAACAUUACUCCUGGCGCAUGGAAUCAGUGUCUACUGUCCCCACACCGCGGUCGACACCGUCCCGGAUGGCAUGGCAGACUGGCUUUGCGACAUCGUGACAGGCAAACUCGACGAGCCUGAACCCGAGACACAUACAGCCGCGGCGGUGCAACCACCCUUGGCCUCGCCGUCCGAGACGGAAGUCACCACGUCCGAGAGCGCAACCGACUCACCACCGUCGACGAAACCUACCUCGCCAUCCGCCGCGGAACAUGACCAAGACCAAGACCAAGACCGUCUCUCCGAUCCGUUCGUCUCUCCUACAACUACCCCAAAAGCCCGGAAAUCCAGACCUUCCCACCCCGCCCCUACGCACAGGACAUACUCGAAACCAACAUAUCCGCAUCCCACGUCGACGUUUCAUCCCGCCGUGAUAACCCAUUCGCGAAGUGUGAUCACACCUUCCCCCAGCGCCGCCCUCGAUGCCGCGAACAGAUUCGUCGCCUCCGACUCCGUGACGUACACGGCAUCCAACACCGGCGCGGGACGACUGAUUGAGUUCUCCGAACCCCAACCGCUAACACUACUGAUUACGCGGAUCGCCCAUGCCAUCGGCCUACCGAAGGGUUUCGCGGUCGCCAUUCCGCAGGGCCAAAGUAUUGAGGACAUCGGCAUUUCCAGCGUCGCCACGUGUCCAGGCAGCGGCGGGGGCGUGGUCCGAGGAUGUCGUGCUGACCUGGUUUUUACCGGCGAACUGAGUCACCAUGAAGCCCUGGCCGUCACGGACCGGGGUGGCUGCGUGAUCACACUGUUCCAUUCCAAUUCGGAGCGAGGAUAUCUUUGGACCGUCAUGCGCGAGAAACUCGAGGCUGAGCUCUCGGAGGAGUGGACUAGGGUGAGGAACGAGGCAGGUGCACAGGUACAGAGUCGGUUACCGACCCAGCUGAAAGAAAUGCUGGAAGAUGAAAGUGUCGAAGUUGUUGUGAGCGAGAGAGACAGAGAUCCGUACGGGAUCGUUGUGUUGGAAGAGACGGCUGUGGAAGGAGUCAAGCUUGGAGCCGAAUGA